AUGAGUAAAAAUCUAAUACUAAGAAUUGAAUGUAAUCUAAAAUCAUUUUAUUGUAAACGUCGUUUUCCCAUUUCUGAAUGGACUCUAGGAGAUUUUCGUUCAUAUAUUCAACAAUUACUUGAUAUUAAACUAGAAAAUCUUAUUGUUUUAUUACAUUCACAUGAAUUAAGUAUAGAUCAAGAUAAUAAUUUAUUAUGUAAUAUUGAAAAUUUGCAUGAAAAUGAUACAAUUAUAAUUGAUUCACAUCGUUAUGCUGACGAUAUUGAUAAUGUUAAUAGAUUACCAGAAAAAUAUCGAAUGUCUGAUGAAGUUUAUGCACAACGAAAAGGUACAUUAAAAGAUUAUCUUCAAAAAAAUAAACUUGGAAAAUAUAGUGAUCAAAGUGCACUCUUACAAUCAAUAUCAAAUAAUAAUAAACAACAAAUACGCAAAUUAUGUGAAUUAAAUAGUAUAAAAUUGAAGAAAAUAGAAAUCGGAAUGCAUGUACGUGUAAAUGAACCGAUGUUAAAUAUAAGAUAUGGUGAAGUUAUUUAUAUUGGUAUAUUACGUGGAAUUUAUGAUGAAUUUAUUGGUGUUAUUUUUGAUGGUCCAUGGGGGGAUUCAAAUGGAUCCGAUGGAAUUAUUCGAUAUUUUGAUGCCAAGAGAAAACAUGCUAGUUUUGUUCGACCAGAAUAUAUCGAAAUUAUUGAAGAAUAA